GGCAUGGCGUAUAAAUAAGGGCGAGGAGAAGGCGGUGGUCCGCCAUUUCGUGGACGCCGGGGAGGAGAGGGGACCUGUGCAGCCGGGCGGAGGGGAGCCGAAGAGCCGUCCGAGGGUGUGUGGAGCUCAGCCGCCGCGUUUCUCACCCAAGAUCUCGAAAUGCAUCGUGAUUCCUGUCCAUUGGAUUGUAAGGUGUAUGUGGGUAAUCUUGGGAACAACGGUAACAAGACGGAAUUGGAACGAGCCUUUGGCUAUUAUGGACCGCUCAGAAGUGUGUGGGUUGCCAGAAACCCUCCUGGCUUUGCUUUUGUUGAGUUUGAAGAUCCCCGAGACGCAGCCGAUGCAGUCCGAGAGCUAGAUGGGAGAACGCUAUGUGGCUGCCGAGUCAGAGUGGAACUGUCGAAUGGUGAAAAGAGAAGUCGAAAUCGAGGCCCACCUCCCUCUUGGGGUCGUCGCCCUCGAGAUGAUUAUCGGCGAAGGAGUCCUCCACCUCGCCGCAGAUCUCCAAGACGGAGAAGCUUCUCCCGCAGCCGGAGCAGGUCCCUUUCUAGAGAUAGAAGAAGAGAGAGAUCACUGUCUCGGGAGAGAAAUCACAAGCCGUCUCGUUCCUUCUCUAGGUCUCGUAGCCGAUCUAGGUCAAAUGAAAGGAAAUAGAAGACCAGUUUGCAAGAUGAGUGGUGUACAGGAAAUAACUUCAUUUGACAGGAGUAUGUACAGAAAAUUCAAGUUUUGUUUGAGACUUCAUAAGCUUGGUGCAUUUUUAAGAUGUUUUAGCUGUUCACAUUUGUUUGUCUUGGAACAGUGACGCAUAAAGAUGUAAUUCUCUAUGGUUUGAAAUGGAUCAUAUGAGGCAUGUAAUAUCAAGAAUUGUUACUUUACAAUGUUCCCUUAAGCAAAAUUGAAUUUGCUUUGAACUUCAGUCUUUCGUAGACUGAUAAUAAACCUCUUAACCUUCUGCCCAGCUAAAGUGUGACAUUGAAUAUUGUGGAAACAAAACUGGCAAAAAAUUGGAUUUAAGACUUUCCGUAGCUGGGAUCUAAUAGGCAGCUGUAGUUGGACAGGCAGUCUUCAAAAGCUGCUUUGAACACAAGCCAGCAGCUAAAAAUUAAAGCUGCACUUUUAGAUUUAGAGGUUUAAAAAAUCCAACUAUUCUUUACAUUGGGCAAUGGUAUGGAGUUAGUGUAGAACCUAAGAAGUUUUAAGAAAGUUAGUUUACCUUUGCUUUAGGUCAUAAAUUUCUUAUGUGAUUGCUAUAUAUGAAUAUAUAGCUGUUGAUAACAUUCUUCACUUGGAAAUUUGAGACUAUUCAAGAUGCCAGUGUCCUGUCAGUUUAAGGGUACAUUGUAGAGCUGAACUUUGAGUUACUGUGCAAAAUUUUUUCCUUGCUGUCAUUUGUAAUAUGUUUUGUGAGAAUCCUUGGGAUUAAAGUUUUGGUUACAAAUUGUU